UACGGUGAGAAAGCGGCCGAGAACAUUCGCGUGUGGUUUAUCAAUCCCGAGACGCGCAUGAAUCCCAAUAUGCGGUAUGCACAGAUUCAACGCGGCAGCAAUGGCGAUGUGGGGGCCAGUUUUGGUGUGAUUGAAACGAGAGACCUAUUCUACUUGCUAGAUAUGGUGCGCAUUCUUCACAAAGCCAAUAUUCUGACUACUGAAGAGAUCGACACUCUCAAGCAAUGGCUUCGCAAGUUCUCACAGUACCUCCUGAGCUCCAAUCAAGGCAGGCUGGAGUACUCCGCAGUAAACAACCACGGCACGUUCUUCGACGUACAGCUGGCGUCUAUUGCUGCGUUUCUCGACGAUGAAGUGAUGUUUGUCAAACACUCGGCGGUCGCACGCUCGCGUAUGCACACGCAAUUCGCCCCCGAUGGACGAUUGCCUCACGAAAUGGAACGACCGACUCAGCUGCACUACAUGAUGUUUGGUCUCAUG